CACAUCCUCCUCUUUAACGUUCACAUUUCCCACGCGGCCCAUCCCUCCCAACUCCGUCCGUCCGUCCGAUCCCCCGCCGCAGCGACCCGGCCCCACUCGCUCCCCGCCCCCGUCGCCGGCGCCCCGCGAAACCCCGCCUCGCCACGCCGCCUGCCGGGCCUCGCGGCUCGCGGCGGGCAUUUCGAGCUCCGGCUCGCCGGAUCCGGCGGGGCAGGCUCGGCGGCGCCGCGAGCUGCCGCCGCGGUCGGCGCAGAUCCGUGCCUGCGCGCUGGGAAUUUGAGGGGGCUGGCUCCCGGUUGGACUCGGCUCGAGUUGAUUUCCGCGGGUUGGUGGAGGUAGGUUGGUGCGCGGGGAAGCUGGUGGGCGGCCGCGGUACAUGAGAGCCAGAAGCCUGCGCCGCCGCCUCUGCGUCUGUGGUCGGGGAGCUCUCGCGGCGCCAUGAUCGAGCAGUUCGUUAACUUCGUCAUCCGCCCGCCACGUGCAGAGUACAACCCAGAUCAGUAUUUAUGGGAGCCAGAGUUUACUCUUGCAGGAAGAAAGUACAAACGAAUAGAUUUGGAGCUUUCCAAUGAAAGAAACCAGACCUUAAAAUGCAGCCACUAUGUUCCUGCCGUCAUCCCAGAAAACACUGCCCUUCCAUGUGUGAUCUACUGCCAUGGGAAUAGUGGGUGCAGAGCAGAUGCAAACGAAGCUGCUGUCAUACUUUUGCCUUCAAACAUUACACUUUUUGCACUUGAUUUCGCUGGAUCAGGGCUAUCAGGGGGAGAGUAUGUCAGCCUUGGUUGGCACGAGAAACAGGAUCUCAAGUCCGUGGUGUCCUUUUUGCGGAAGAAUAAGGAAGUCUCUUGCAUAGGUCUUUGGGGGCGUUCGAUGGGUGCUGUUACAAGCCUGCUGUAUGGAGCAGAAGACCCCUCAAUUGCUGGCAUGGUUUUGGACAGUGCUUUCUCUAACUUGUAUGAGCUAAUGCUAGAGCUUGUUGAUGUUUACAAAAUCAGAGUUCCAAAGUUCACGGUUAAGAUGGCUGUACACUACAUGCGCCGUGUCAUUCAAAGAAGAGCUAAAUUUGACAUAAUGGAUCUUAAUGUUGUUCAGUUUGCCCCCAAGACGUUUAUUCCGGCAUUAUUUGGACAUGCAUCGAGUGACGUGUUUAUUCAGUCCCAUCACACUGAUCGUAUUCAUCAGGCGUAUGCGGGUGAUAAAAAUUUAAUCAAAUUUGAUGGCGAUCACAACUCUGCUAGGCCCCAGUUUUAUUAUGAUUCCGUUUCAAUAUUCUUCUAUAAUGUUCUGAAUCCACCUCAAUUUCCGUCUGCAUGCUCAAAUAAGCUAGAGAAGUACUAUAACCGUGGGGCUGGAACUAAUGAGAGCUUACUGUAUGAGAUCAUAAAUGGUCUAAGGGCUGCUGGUACUGAUGCAGGAAGUUCAUCCGCAGCUGCAGCUAGUUUCACCAAUGCGACAAAAUCAGUAGUUGAAUUGCUGACGGAGAGGGUAAAUCAACUGUCCGUUAAAAAUGACAGUGACUUGGAUUUCCUUUUGGACGAAAAUCAUAACCUCACUGAAAUGGAAGAGAACACUGCAGAGUCUCAUACACAGGAUAAGGCGAACAGGCAAAAUGAGGAGUGCUGCUCAUACACAAGUUCAAACCGAGAGAGCUGGGGAAGAUGUUCUUCCUUGGGCGCAGCGAGUGAUGUAUCAUCCUCCGGCGAGCGUCCCAGGGUUUCCGAUCAUAAGCAUAAGAGCAUGACACUAAGAGCUCUGGCAACACCGUUGAGACGGAUACGACGGAAACCACUCACCAUACCAAAGGAGAGGAAGAACAGGUCUCUAUGGAAGAGGCUUAACCAGGAGAGGCAUGAUAUGGGGGAGAGCUUAACCCAGCGUUUCAGGCUGUGCCUCCAGGGCCAAUCCCAGCACAAGAGAACAAAGUCGUCCUGACAACUGUGAAUACUCAGCUUAACCCAGACAAAACUGCUAGGAACACGAUGAUUCAUCGACGAAAUGCGCCUCGAUUCUGACCUCUCGGCACCAACCCUGCUGCAUAGUUACCAGUUACCACUGAAUCUGUGAAGCCGGCCACGUAACUGUCAGUAUUUGCUCCGUCAGAUUGUUCCGCGUUGCUCUUGUAGAUCCCGAGUUUGUAGAAUUGUAGUGUGACCCCUCCUGGUGUGGGGAAGGACCCGUGCAUUAGUAUCAAUAGGCUUUCGAGUUCAAAUAUUGUAUUUUUUACAUAACACGCCAUUUGUUUGUUGUUUGGGAACCUUAUUUUGUACUAUCUGGUUAAGGGGCAGAUUGCCCAUGAACAGUAACAAGUCUCUUGCUUGA